UUGGCGCCGUUGCCGGGGAUUGGUUAACAUCUACUAUAGAUUAAUUGUUUUGUUACUAAUUUGAUAUAUAUAUAUAUAUAUAUAUAUAUAUAUAUAUAUAUAUAUAUAUAUUUAUUUCUUCUACUAUUUUGUUUUCUAGUACCUGACAAGUUUAGAGAGCAAGACUUGAAGAUAAUAAUAUUCCUGAAUAUUAAUCUACUCCACACACUUUAAAUAUGAAUUUCAACCAACCAAGAGAAACACUUGCAGAGUUAGUACAAAAAUAUUGUAAAAAGCCUAUUAUCUGUGAGUUAUGUGGAGACAACCACCAAAGCUUCGAAUGUCAAAUAGCGAAAGGUCUGCUGCUUGUGACUAUUACGACAGAAGUCACCUUGUUCAUGAACGCCAAGCAGGUAAUCCUUUCUUCUUUGAUUCAUCUUAUGAACAAUCUUACAUUGUUUCAAGGUGUGAUGAUUCCUAUGGGUAUGAUUGUAAUCCGGAAUACAAUCAAUAUCCAAGUUUUGUAUGGAAUCAAACUAAUGAAAAUCAACCACCUCGAGAGGAAAAUAUGAACUUGAAAGAAUCUGUGCUUAGUUCCAUCAAAAAUCUUGAUGAGAAAUUUGCACGGAACCUUACAACCAUUAGAAACCUAACACUGCAAGUAAAUCAUUUGGCCAGUAUGCUAAUCUCCCUAAAUUACGGUGGUGAAAACUUAAAUGAAACAACCUCAUGUGAAAAUGAACCAAGUCAAGAAAAUGAGCACUACGUGAAUGAAUCUACUACUUAAGCAGAGGAGUCUGAUCUAGUUGAAAAGACUGAAGAUAAAGGCUUGGUUGAAUCAAACUUAACGGGUGAUGAGUGCAUACCCUAUUAUUCCGAUCCACAUAAAUUUACUCAUUUUGAAGUAAAUGAGAAUGUAGAGGUCAAAAGCAUGAAUGAAGUUGAUGAAUACCCCUUUUUCCAUCAUUCGGCAAUUUUCUCUAAUAAAUAUGAUUUUGUGGAUUUUAUUAUUGGAGAUUUUCAGGAAAAUGCAUGGACUGAUCAUAGUAAAAAAUGGAAGAUGGAGUUAGGGAUCACACUGCAAUGUUCUUUUACCGUUCGAGAUGAGGAUAGAAAAACUAAAAAGGAGCAGAAUGCAUGUACGGAUAAAAUAUCUUGUGUUGUACUCGGCCAAAUAAACUCCAAGAGACGCCUCAAGAAUCAGAAAAGAGGAAUGGAUUCAGAGUUAGGAGUGGAGUUCACAAGCUCCCGGAAAAGAAAAAAAUUCAGAGGAGCCUUUCUACACCCUUUUACUUCUAAAUAGUGUGUCAUGGGGACAUGACAUUAUUUAAAGCGUGGGGUAGAGGAGUAUUAUAUAUAUUAUGUGUGUGUGUUUUAAUAAAAUAAAA